UCCAAGUGAACCAACCGAUACCAUACACACACUUCCAAGCUCUCUCUCAUCACAGUGAAGAUUUUCUUUCUAAUUUUACGUGAUUCCAAUCUCACACUCUUCUCGAAGUCUCAGACGAAGCCACUCUCACACCUUCCACCGAUUGAGGAAGACGAAGAGGAAUAGUAAGGAGUAGAUCCGUGAAGAUGAGCCAAAGUAUCUUCCACCAAACGGUGCUUUGUCAAACGCAAACGGUUGCUGAGCAUCAAAGUAAGGUAAGUUCCUUCCCGGUCAGUGUGAACAAAGGAAAGAAGAAUCUCGCGUUUCGUACAAAUUUUCGCGGGAACAGGCUGUAUGUGAGGAAAUGCAAAUUAGCCAUGGGAAAGCACCGCCACGUCGACGCUAUUCCACGCGCUGUGUUAACCACGAAUCCGGCUUCUGAGCUUUCUGGGAGGUUCAACCUUGAUGGAAAUAUUGACUUGCAGGUUAGUGUUAGUUCUUCACAACCAGGAGCUGCAACACAAGUAGAAAUUAAAGUUUCAUACAGUAGUAGCUCUCUGCUUUUACAUUGGGGAGUUGUGUGUGAUCAGCCAGGGAAGUGGGUACUUCCUUCUCGUCGCCCGGAAGGAACUAAAGUUUACAAGAACAAAGCUCUUAGAACUCCUUUCAUGAAAGCUGACUCGGAAUCCUUCCUUAAAAUAGAAAUUUACGACCCUGCGGCACAAUCCAUUGAGUUCCUCAUACUUGAUGAGGCUAAAAAUAAGUGGUUUAAAAAUAAUGGUGAGAACUUUCACAUCAAGUUACCAGUAAAAAAUAAGCUAUCUCAAGAAGUUUCAGUUCCUGAAGACCUUGUACAGAUUCAAGCAUAUCUUAGGUGGGAACGAAAGGGUAAGCAGAUGUACACUCCAGAGCAAGAGAAGGCGGAAUAUGAAGCAGCUCGGCAAGAACUAUUGGAGGAAGUAUCUAGGGGUACUUCUGUACAAGAUCUUCGUGCAAGGUUAACUAAGAAUACUAAAGCUGCUGAAGUGAAGGAGCCUUCUGUUUCUGAAACAAAGACUAUCCCUGAUGAACUUGUACAGAUUCAAGCUUAUAUUCGUUGGGAAAAAGCUGGAAAGCCUAACUACUCUCAGGAACAACAACUUAUGGAAUUUGAGGAAGCAAGAAAAGAGUUGUCAGCAGAGCUUGAGAAGGGUGCUUCUUUGGAUGAGAUACGAAAGAAGAUUACCAAAGGAGAAAUACAAACUAAAGUUGCCAAGCAGUUGAAAACAAAAAAAUACUUCCGCGCUGAAAGAAUACAAAGGAAAAAAAGAGAUUUGAGGCAGAUUAUCAACCGAAUUGUUGAUGAAAAUAUAGUUGAACAAUUUAAAGAUGUUCCAAAGACCUUGAGACUAAUUGAACAAUAUGCCGAGGCAAGGGAAGAAUAUGAAAGUGGUCCUGUUUUGAACAAGACAAUAUACAAGCUUGAUGAUAAUGAUCUUUUGGUCCUCGUUACCAAAGAUGCUGGUAAGAUUAAGGUUCACCUGGCUACAGACUCAAAGAAACCUCUUACACUUCACUGGGCCUUAUCUAGAACAUCUAAUGAGUGGUUGCUACCACCUGGAAAUGCUCUGCCCACUGGAUCUGUUGCUCUGACUGAGGCUGCUGAAACACCUUUCAGAGCUGGUUCUUUGUCUCAUCCUUCCUUUGAGGUCCAGUCCUUGGAUAUCGAAGUUGAUGAUACUUUUAAAGGAAUACCAUUUGUCAUUUUAUCUGAAGGAAAAUGGAUAAAGAACAAUGGAUCAAAUUUUUAUAUUGAAUUUGCUGGAAAAAAGCAUAUACAAAAGGAUAUUGGUGAUGGCAAAGGUACAGCCAAGUUCUUGUUGGAUAAAAUAGCAGAAAUGGAAAGUGAGGCACAAAAGUCCUUCAUGCAUCGAUUUAACAUUGCAUCGGACUUGAUAGAUGAAGCCAAAAGUGCUGGUCGACUGGGUCUUGCGGGAAUUUUGGUGUGGAUGAGAUUCAUGGCUACAAGGCAGCUCAUAUGGAACAAAAAUUACAAUGUGAAACCACGUGAGAUAAGUAAAGCACAGGACAGGCUUACGGACUUGCUCCAGGAUGUUUAUACAAGUUAUCCACAGUAUAGAGAAAUUGUAAGGAUGAUCUUGUCUACUGUUGGUCGUGGAGGUGAAGGAGAUGUUGGACAAAGGAUUCGGGAUGAAAUCCUUGUUAUUCAGAGAAAUAAUGAUUGCAAAGGUGGAAUGAUGGAGGAAUGGCACCAGAAGUUACACAAUAAUACUAGCCCUGAUGAUGUUGUGAUCUGUCAGGCACUAAUUGAUUAUAUAAAUAGUGACUUUGAUAUUGGUGUUUACUGGAAAACAUUGAAUGACAACGGAAUAACUAAAGAACGGCUUCUGAGCUAUGAUCGAGCCAUUCAUUCUGAGCCAAAUUUUAGGAGAGAUCAGAAGGAAGGUCUUCUGCGUGAUCUGGGAAACUACAUGAGGACUUUGAAGGCAGUUCAUUCAGGUGCGGAUCUUGAAUCUGCUAUUGCAAAUUGUAUGGGCUACAAAUCUGAGGGUCAGGGCUUCAUGGUUGGAGUGCAGAUAAAUCCAGUGCCGGGUUUGCCUGCUGGUUUUCAAGGAUUACUAGAGUUUGUCAUGGAGCACGUUGAAGAUAAGAAUGUUGAACCACUUCUUGAGGGAUUGCUUGAGGCUCGUCUGGAACUCCAACCAUCACUCAGUAAAUCCCAAAGUCGUCUGAAAGAUCUUAUAUUUUUGGAUGUUGCUCUUGAUUCUACCGUGAGAACAGCAGUGGAAAGGGGUUAUGAGGAAUUAAACAAUGCUGCACCUGAGAAAAUAAUGUACUUCAUCAUCUUGGUUCUUGAAAAUCUUGCCCUUUCAUCGGAUGACAAUGAAGAUCUUAUCUACUGUUUGAAGGGAUGGGAUCUUGCCUUAAGCAUGUGCAAGAGUAAUGACACUCAUUGGGCAUUGUACGCUAAAUCAGUCCUUGACAGAACCCGCCUUGCACUCACAAACAAGGCUCAAUUAUACCAGGAAAUUCUGCAACCAUCGGCAGAAUACCUUGGAUCACUGCUUGGCGUGGACCAAUGGGCUGUGGAAAUAUUUACUGAAGAAAUUAUCCGUGCUGGAUCUGCUGCCUCUUUAUCUACUCUUCUAAAUCGACUGGAUCCUGUGCUCCGAAAGACAGCUAAUCUUGGAAGCUGGCAAGUUAUUAGCCCAAUUGAAACUGUUGGAUAUGUUGAGGUUGUAGAUGAGUUGCUUGCUGUUCAAAACAAAACAUACGAGCGACCAACAAUUUUGAUAGCCAAGAGUGUAAAAGGAGAAGAAGAAAUUCCAGAUGGUACAGUUGCUGUCCUGACACCUGAUAUGCCUGAUGUCCUAUCUCAUGUUUCUGUUCGAGCAAGAAACAGCAAGGUUUGUUUUGCUACAUGCUUUGAUCCCAAUAUCCUUGCUAACCUCCAAGAACAUAAAGGAAAGCUUUUGCGCUUAAAGCCUACAUCUGCUGAUGUAGUUUAUAGUCAGGUCAAGGAGGGGGAGUUUACUGAUGACAAAUCAACUCACCUGAAAGAUGUUGGUUCAGUGUCACCCAUAUCUCUGGCGAGAAAGAAUUUUAGUGGUAGAUAUGCUGUCUCAUCCGAAGAAUUCACUGGUGAAAUGGUUGGAGCUAAAUCUCGUAAUAUCGCUUAUUUAAAGGGGAAAGUAGCUUCUUGGAUUGGAAUUCCUACCUCAGUUGCCAUACCAUUUGGAGUUUUUGAACAUGUUCUUUCUGAUAAAUCAAAUCAGGCAGUGGCUGACAGGAUCAAUAUUUUGAAAAAGGAGCUAAUUGAGGGGGACUUCAGUGUUCUCAAGGAGAUUCGCGAAACAGUUUUACAGUUGAAUGCACCACCCCAGUUGGUUGAGGAGUUGAAAACUAAAAUGAAGAGUUCUGGAAUGCCUUGGCCGGGUGAUGAAGGUGAACAGCGAUGGGAACAAGCUUGGAAGGCUAUAAAAAAGGUUUGGGGCUCCAAGUGGAAUGAAAGGGCAUACUUCAGCACACGAAAAGUGAAAUUGGACCACGAGUAUCUUUCCAUGGCUGUCCUUGUUCAGGAAGUGGUAAAUGCUGAUUAUGCUUUUGUCAUCCACACGACUAAUCCGUCCUCUGGGGAUUCGUCAGAGAUAUAUGCUGAGGUGGUAAAGGGACUUGGAGAAACACUGGUUGGAGCUUAUCCUGGUCGUGCUUUGAGUUUUAUCUGCAAAAAGAGUGAUUUGAACUCUCCUCAGAUCUUGGGCUAUCCUAGCAAACCUGUCGGCCUAUUUAUAAGACGGUCAAUUAUUUUUCGAUCUGAUUCCAAUGGUGAAGACCUAGAAGGUUAUGCUGGUGCAGGUCUUUAUGACAGUGUGCCAAUGGAUGAAGAGGAGAAGGUGGUGCUUGAUUACUCAUCAGACCAACUGAUCCUUGAUGGAAACUUUCGGCAGUCAAUCUUGUCAAGCAUUGCCCGUGCAGGAAAUGAAAUUGAAGGGUUGUAUGGGUCUCCUCAGGACAUUGAAGGUGUCAUCAAGGAUGGAAAACUCUAUGUUGUCCAGACCAGACCACAAAUGUAGACUUCUACCAUCCAUAUCUUCUAAACCCACCUACCUCCACUUUCUUCAUCCCCGUGCAAUAUGGCGUUUCAAACGUGCCCGUGCCAACAUCUGCCUGUUCAACAUUUAAACCUGCGGACUACAAAAAUUGGCUUUAUAGAUUUAAUACAUGUGAUAUAUUAAAUUUUAAGGAAUAAUUUAUAAGUGUAUAAACAUAGAAUAAUGUAAAUUAAGAAAAAUUUAAAUGGCUUUCUUUUUCCUCACCAUAGAUUAUAUCUAAAGCUACUUCUUAAUCAAGUUUGUGUUUUUACUUGAGGUGUAUGGACCGGGAUCAGGUUAAUAAUAUUUCCACAUUUAUAUUCGAA